UUUAUCUUCCCAGUCUCUCUCUCUCUGAAUUAUUUGUAGCUUCUACGGUGAACAUGGAGGGUUCCAGAGCAAGAGCGGCUCGGAGUCGUCGUCCAGCUUCUUGUACAGCAACUGGGACCGUCUCAUGCGAGACAAAGGAGCCUACGACAAGCAGCUUGGGUAAUCUGGUGACGGAAUCUCAUUCUACAGAAUGGACAGAUGAGAAGCACAGCUUGUACCUCAAGUCCAUGGAAACAUCAUUUGUAAACCAGUUAUAUGAAUCCAUGGAUUUGCUUGGUUUUUGCCGUUUGUCAGAUCCAACAUUUUCCAGGAAAAAGCAUUUCAGCACCCUUACCCCUUCUGGCCAGUUCAAGGUUCAUCGAAAUGGCAGCUGGCAGAGGAUUAAUUUUGAAAGAGCUGCAGAUCUUCAGGUAAAGAAAGAAGAUGAGUCUGAUGGUUUUCUGGCAAAUCCUUGGAUCCAGCACUUUCGACCUGGAUGCACACCCGACGUUGUAGCAUUUGCAGAUGUCCGAAAAAAUGCUGCAUCCACAAGUCAAGCCACUUGUUAUUUGAAGCAGACUCCUGCGUCUCACUCUCAUCCGUGCCAUCACAAUUUCGUUGGCAGCGACACAGCUUUUGCAGAGGUUUCGGAUCAGAACUUUGUUGACGACGAAGUCGAAGGAGAAAAGGAAAGCCAAAUGUGCAAUGCGAAAAAGACGGAAUCUUUAGUAAUCGAUGCCUCUAGCAAUGAUCAGGUUGUUCCACUUAACGAGUGUUCCGCAGCCGAAGAUGCUACCAAGAACUGUAUUUCUGCAGCUAGAGAAACGAUGUCACCGGUGACUGGCAGACAGAAAACACGACUGACUACCUAAUCAGAAGGCUAGGCUUUAAAUUCUGUGCGCCCGCGUGUAUGAUAGCGAGAGAGAAAAGCUAGGAGGAGGAUGAGGAUGAAGAGAAAAGAGAGGCAUCGAGGAUUCCCUGCCAUUUGUUCUCAGCGGUUUUUGUCAAGAGGAGGUGUGGCAUUACUGCUGCUACAUACAGAUAUGGAUGAGUCAUGAGUGUAAAUGAGGUGAGACUUGAGAGCACAUGCUGUCACUCUGGCCUAAUAAUAUGUUGUACAGAUCUUUUUAUUUUGCAUUUUUUUCUCUCCAUGUCAUCGAUGCUACUGCUAUUCUGCAACUAUUCUAUGACUUAAUUCGGCCGUGCUGGAAAUCGGAGUAGCUGUGUAGAUGAGAUGUAGGCAUACUGAUUAUCUGCUCAAAGAUGUUUUCAAUAUUUCUUUAGGAUGUUCUGUAAUGAAUUCCUGUUGAAUCUAUGGAUUAACAAAAAUAAAAUGCCAUUUAUGUGUUUGAUUUA